GAGAGAGAGAGAGGGGGGAGCGACAGAACACGCGCGUGCGAGUGAGAGAGAGAAGGAGCGCGCGCAUCGGGCGAAACACGUCGAGUGCGGAAACGGAGCGAGAGGAGUCGAGAGCGAGAGGAGAGAAAGAGAGGAAAAUAAGGAGGUAGAUACGUAGAGCAAAAAGGAGCCGCCGGAGGAGCGGCGGAGAACGUAUCGUGGGCGUUUGAGUGAUUGUUGUUGCGGUGCUAGUUUCCAUCGGGAGUCAUGAGAGACACGAGCGAUAUGAUGGAGGACGCCCUGUCGGAGGAUACAAUGAUGGAUUGUGGAGGGGAUGGCGGAGGAGAUGGCGGAGGAUUGGAGGAUUUUGUCGACUUAACUACUGACAUCACAGAUAAUUCACGUACAAUACGAGAUGCCGCCGAACGGUUGCUGACCUUGUUAGGCAUGGACGAGGACGAUGAGGACAUCUUGUCGUCGUCGGAGGACGAGGGUGUCGAGGUAGAUAUCGAUGAGCUCGAGGAGGACAACGAAAAAACGGAUAAUACCAAGUUACUCUGUCAACUCGCCGCCUCCCUAGCCCAGGAACUCAAGUACUCCCAGAAACAGUCCUCGAGCAGCAGAGUGCCGUAUCAGGAUCAAAGUUCGUUGCAUAACGUGGAAAUGCUGCAGGAUACGAGUUACCUCGGGCGCGGUUGCCUUCAGGACCAACUGGACCAUCCGAAAACGUCCGUUCGUCAAAACGAUUUCGAUCAGGACGAUCUCGAUUUUUUUGACGAUCUCGACGAGCAGAACGCGAAUUUCACGAAAUUUAGAAACUUCGACGACUUCCGCCAGGAAUCGCACAGUCGAACUUUCGCCUCCUCGAGCUUAGACCGUCGCCUGUGGACGGACGAUCCGGCGGUCACGCAGACCGGAAAGUCCUUCGGCAGCCAGGACCAGGAUCAGGAUCUUGAUUCCUGGACGGCAGGAUGGGAUGCUUGCGCCACCGAGGCUCUCCGGUAUCUCGUCGAGGACGAGGGUCUACCGCUUCAUCAUCCCACUAUCAUCGCCAUGAAGAAUCAUCUAGAUCUGCAAAGGGAGAGAGCAUUCGCUCAGUACACCGGGUAUACGGAGGCCAAGUCACAGGACAUGAGUCUACUUUUGGAUUGAUGAGGCUUCAGAAUUAAGGUAGAGAACGAUUCAAUUUGGUUCGUGCGACGUGUCUCGUUGAAGAAUUAAAAAUCUGGGAUAAAUUAAUUUUGUUAUUUAAAUAAGGCAGGCAUCGUUGUGCAUCGUUGUGAAAUCGUUUUGCGCAAGAUUCUUCACUUUCUUAUAUAUUUUUCUUUUCUUAAAGAGAAAUCUUAAUUUGCUUGACUCAUAAAGAUAUACGUCAUAAUGUCAUAAAUAAUUCAGCAUUAUUAUUAUGUUUCAUUGAUUCUGCUACUUUGCUCGGAAAUAAUGAAUUGAAUAUUGCUUGAUAUACCUUUGUUGAAAUAUUGUUAAUUGUUAGACAUACAUUCUGAACGAAGCAUCAAUUUGACAUCGGUCCUACCUCUUGAUGAUUAUAAUUUCGAAUAAACGCGUUCAUACGCUGGAUCGAUAUGAACGACGUUUGUUUGUUUUUUUUUUUUGUAACGUUGAGAAUUUUGAAAAUCGCCAAUGAAUAUCUUAAUCAAGGAUUAAGAAAGUUUUCUUUGUUUUCAAAGAAAUAGUUAAUUCCUAGCGAUACUUUUCGAAAAAAAGAUGGCUUUGAACAUCAUUAAGGGAAAAUAUUUCUAGCAAUUAGAAUCAUCAGACUGUAGAGAAACGUUCUGCGAAUCAGAACUAGAAUUAUUCUUAAAACAAAUUUCUAGGUUAGUUGUCAUCAUAAUUAAAAAGAUGAUCGAAAGAAUUAAGAUAAGAAUAACGGAGAAGAAAGGAAAAUGUUAAUUACUCAUUAUAAGAGGCAUCGAUGAUCGCCAACAAAAUGUCGCAAAA